CUCCACCCACACGACCAGCAGAUCUGAUCCCUCUGGCUCCCGCCUCCCAGUCCCAGCACGCGAGCCUGCACCGCCGAUCUGCCGAGAAAACAAACCACGCCGAAACACGGCCCUUUCGCUCGUUUUCUCGCUCGUUUUCCCCACUUUCCAGCCCUCCACCACCUCCCCGGCACCGCCCGCUGGGGGCUCGGCGUGCGCCCGACUAACCCAACCGACCACGACGCGCGCACGCGUCCGCACGGCACCGACCCCGCACCGCACGAAUCCGGCAAACCGAGCAAAAAAACGAGGUGAGAUUAGGAACUGAGAAAAAACCCGCACCCGCGUCCGGGUGCUCUCUCUCUCUCUCUCUCGCCGCCCCCUCCCAUCCGCGCUCCCCUCCUCAUCCACCGCCCGUCCCGCCGCCGCCGGCCCAAGGCCCGCUAGCCAGCCGGCCAGCCUUUGUGUGCGUGUGUGCCCGUGGUGGUGGCGAUGGCGUACCGGGCGGACGACGACUACGACUACCUCUUCAAGGUGGUGCUCAUCGGGGACUCCGGCGUCGGCAAGUCGAACCUGCUCUCGCGCUUCACGCGCAACGAGUUCAGCCUCGAGUCCAAGUCCACCAUCGGCGUCGAGUUCGCCACCCGCAGCAUCCACGUCGACGACAAGGUCGUCAAGGCCCAGAUCUGGGACACCGCCGGCCAGGAAAGGUACCGUGCUAUCACAAGUGCCUAUUACCGUGGAGCAGUAGGAGCACUCGUCGUCUAUGACGUUACACGGCAUGUCACCUUCGAGAACGUGGAGAGGUGGAUGAGGGAGCUCAAAGACCACACGGACGCCAACAUCGUGAUCAUGCUUGUCGGCAACAAGGCGGAUCUGCGCCACCUCAGGGCCGUCCCGACCGAGGACGCCAAGGCCUUCGCCGAGAGAGAGAAUGCUUUCUUCAUGGAGACAUCGGCCCUGGAGGCAAUGAACGUGGAGGACGCCUUCACCGAGGUGCUCACCCAGAUCUACCGUGUCGUGAGCAAGAAGGCCCUCGACAUUGGCGACGACCCCGCAGCGCCUCCCAAGGGCCAGACCAUCAAUGUUGGCGGCAAGGAUGAUGUGUCUGCGGUGAAGAAGUCUGCCUGCUGUUCGUCUUAGCUUGGAAGGAUAGAACAUGUACUUGGGUUGGUUGAUACUUUUGCAGUAGAGGGCGCAGGACGUUAUUGCAGUCAUGGUCCUCGACCUGUAUUCAUGUGUUACCAGGUGUCGUUGAUUUUGCCAUUUGAUACAUUAAUUCAUUCAGGACUUAAGCUGCCGGUAUAGUUUAGGGAUGGAAGUGUGCGGCUAUCAUAUUUAUUUUUUCAUAUAGGCCUUAUCUAUUUUGUUGCUUUCAUUUCUUGUAUCUGUAUACUGUCGCUUCUCUUAUAUCAACCUAGGUGCAUUGCUUCAACAAA